AUGGAACUCCUGAGUCAACAGCUUACAGCAUACAAUUUUAAGACGUCGGCACCCGGCGUUAGGGCCCCCACAAAGGUGCGUAGAAUUUCCCCUCCUAAGCAUUGCCCUCGCGGCCUGCACGAAAAUGGCUCCAAGUUCUGGGACCGCACCCCCACGGAGGCAGAGCGAUUUUUGCUACCGAGAGCAAGGUCCGCUGCCACCUGCACUCGCGAUCGCCCGACCGCAAAGCAGAAACGCAAUGGACAAGGAAUCGGUUCAUCCUUUUUUUCUGGGGGCCAUUGCGCACUACACAUUUCAGGCGCAACUGCGAGUCAGCCACAGGCGAAGCAUUGGCCUGGAAAUCCACAUCUGGACGUAAGGCGGCUUCCCAACCACACCCCGCAGCUGCGCUGGGGGGCGGUGGGCGACGCACUUUUAGGACAGCACAGCGAGCAGCAAAUGCUCUCACUUGCAGAUUUAUCCCUCCCUUUUCCCAUCUCGCAAACCAACAAGGGGUUUCUGCACGACGAGACCGACAGCAAAAGUCUCUCGGCGUUGCUCCGCAUACCCCACCCAGGCCGCAAAACAACGAAGAGCCAACCGCCGCCUCCACGAUGGAUCGCCCCCAUCUUCUCGAGACACUCUCUUUGGCAUGCCAAAACUCCCGCUUGCCGCGCUGGGGGUCAAACUGUAGGGCAAAACCCCUGCACCAGACGACGUGCGUGUUGGGGCGCUAGGGCACCUCUUGGCGAAGGGCAUCUGGUUGCUUAUCCUUUAGAUCCAACACGGUUCGAUGACCGGUGUGAUUUUGGUCGAGCGGAGUCGUAG